AUGGGCAACUGCAUGGAGACCUGUUCGCCAAGGGUAGAUGAGGGAGAGGUGAAACCAAGAGGAGCAGGAGAAAGUGGUGUGGGUGGUGGAAAGGAAGGUGGUUUGAAGGUUAAGGUCCUGUUGACAAGAGGGGAGCUCCAGUGGUUGAUGCUUCAGCUGGAGGAGGAGGAGAAGAGGCUGGAGGAUGUGUUGAUGGAGAUGGAUAGGGAAAGGAGGAGGAGAGAGGGAGCUGGGAGAGCCCAAGGUUGGAAACCCUCUUUGGAGAGCAUAAUGGAGGUCCCGGAGGUCCAGAGUUCUGAUAUGGGUGAAUGA